UUGGACAUUGAACUCACCAGCAACGUGCAGUCCGUAGCGUGUGUUUGCUGCGCUAGUUCGUCAACAACAUGGAGAAAUAAACUCAUAGCUCAUCUAAUGUUGCUAGCUCGAAUGAAAACAAAUUUAAACAAGCUUGGUUACUUUCUCUUUCGCGUGGGAAGUGAACCGCUGCCAAGAUGGUGAAGGAGCAGUUCAGAGAGACGGACGUGGCCAAGAAAAUAAUGUCGUAGCGGCAGCGCGCAUACAGACUGGGUCAGAAAAGCCACAUUUGCUUCGGCAUGAAAUCAGCUGAUCAAAUGCGUCAGCAGGCCCACAUUCAGGUGGUCAGCAAGAACCUGUACAGCCAGGACACCAAACACUCGCCGCUGCCUUACGGAGUGUUGGACCACCGCAUGGGGACCAGCGAGAAAGACCGACCGUGCUUAACGUGCGGGAAGAAUCUGGCCGACUGUUUGGGACACUACGGCUACCUGGAUCUGGAACUGCCGUGUUUUCACGUCGGCUACUUCAAAGCCAUUAUUGGAAUCUUGCAGAUGAUUUGCAAGACGUGCUCGAGCAUCAUGCUGACCAAAGAAGAGAAGCUCCAGUUCAUGGACAUGCUGAAACGGCCCAACCUGCCGUACCUCCACAAGCGAGGGCUGAAGAAGAAGAUCUCAGACAAAUGCCGCAAAAGAAGCGUUUGUCUCAAUUGUUCGGCGUUCAACGGCACGGUGAAGAAGUGCGGCCUGCUGAAGAUCAUCCACGAGAAGUACAAGAGCAGCAAGAAGGUGGUGGAGCCUUUCGUGUCCGAGUUCCUGCAGUCCUUUGACACGGCCAUCGAGCACAACAAACUCAUGGAGCCGCUUUUGGGGCGGGCGCAGGAGAACCUCAACCCUCUGGUGGUGCUGAACAUCUUCAAGCGCAUCCCCCGAGAGCAUGUGCCGCUGCUGCUGAUGAACCCCGAGGCGGGCAAACCGGCCGACCUCAUCCUCACCCGCCUGCUGGUGCCCCCGCUCUGCAUCCGGCCCUCCGUGGUCAGCGACCUCAAGUCGGGCACCAACGAGGACGACCUCACCAUGAAGCUCACGGAGAUCAUCUUCCUCAACGACGUCAUCAAAAAGCAUCGCAUGAGCGGCGCCAAGACGCAGAUGAUCAUGGAGGACUGGGACUUCCUGCAGCUGCAGUGCGCGCUGUACAUCAACAGCGAGCUGUCCGGCAUCCCGCUCAACAUGGCGCCCAAGAAGUGGACCAGAGGCUUCGUGCAGAGACUCAAGGGCAAGCAAGGUCGAUUCCGAGGCAAUCUGUCGGGCAAGAGAGUGGACUUUUCGGGCAGAACCGUCAUCUCCCCCGACCCGAACCUGAGGAUCGACGAAGUGGCCGUACCCGUGCACGUGGCCAAAAUCCUGACCUAUCCGGAGAGAGUGAACAAAGCCAACCUGGAGCUCAUGAGGAAACUGGUCCGCAACGGCCCGGACGUUCACCCCGGCGCCAACUUCAUCGAAAAUCGACGCAACCAAAUGAAAAGGUUCUUGAAAUACGGCAACCGAGAGAAGAUUGCGCAGGAGCUGCGCUUCGGCGACGUGGUGGAGAGGCACAUGAUCGACGGAGACAUCGUCCUGUUCAAUCGACAGCCCUCGCUGCACAAACUCAGCAUCAUGGCUCACAUUGCCCGAGUGAAGCCUCACCGGACUUUCCGCUUCAACGAGUGCGUGUGCACGCCGUACAAUGCCGACUUUGACGGCGACGAGAUGAACCUCCACCUGCCUCAGACCGAGGAGGCCAAAGCUGAGGCUCUGGUGCUCAUGGGGACAAAAGCUAAUCUCGUCACGCCAAGAAAUGGCGAGCCGCUGAUCGCUGCUAUUCAGGACUUCCUGACGGCCGGCUACCUCCUGACGCUGAAGGACACCUUCUUUGACCGAUCCAAAGCCUGUCAGAUUGUGGCGUCCAUCCUCGUGGGCAAGGACGAAAAAGUCAGGAUCGCGCUGCCCCGCCCGGCUAUAAUGAAGCCCAUGGCUCUGUGGACAGGCAAGCAAAUAUUCAGCCUCAUCCUGAAGCCGAGCAAAGAUUGUCCCGUCAAGGCCAACCUGCGGACCAAGGGCAAGCAGUACUCUGGCAAAGGCGAGGACUUGUGCCACAACGACUCAUUCGUGGUAAUCCACAACAGCGAGCUGAUGUGCGGAAGCAUGGACAAGAGCACCUUGGGCUCAGGCUCCAAGAACAACAUCUUCUACAUCCUGCUGAGAGACUGGGGACAGCUGGAGGCGGCCAACGCCAUGUCCCGCCUCGCGCGACUCGCCCCCGUGUAUCUGUCUAACCGAGGCUUUUCCAUCGGCAUCGGGGACGUGACGCCCGGCCAGGGUCUGCUGAAGGCCAAGCAGGACCUGCUGGACGACGGCUACCGCAAAUGUGACGAGUACAUCGAAGCCCUGCGGACGGGCAAGCUGCAGCAGCAGCCCGGCUGCUCGGCCGAGGAGACCCUGGAGGCCCUCAUCCUGCGUGAGCUGUCGGUCAUCAGAGACCGAGCUGGCAGCGCCUGCCUCAGGGAACUGGACAAGAGCAACAGUCCUCUGAUCAUGGCUCUCUGCGGCUCGAAAGGAUCUUUUAUUAACAUCUCUCAGAUGAUUGCAUGCGUGGGCCAGCAGGCCAUAAGUGGAUCUCGAGUACCUGAUGGUUUUGAAAAUCGCUCCCUGCCUCACUUUGAAAAGCACUCCAAAUUGCCCGCUGCGAAAGGCUUCGUGGCCGACAGCUUCUACUCUGGCCUGACGCCCACGGAGUUCUUCUUCCACACAAUGGCUGGCCGCGAGGGCCUGGUAGACACCGCCGUGAAAACCGCAGAGACGGGCUACAUGCAGCGGCGUUUGGUGAAGUCCCUGGAGGAUCUGUGCUCCCAGUACGACCUCACGGUGCGAAGCUCCACCGGCGACAUCAUCCAGUUCAUCUACGGCGGAGACGGCCUGGACCCCGCCGACAUGGAGGGCAAGGACGAACCGCUGGAGUUCAAGAGGGUCCUGGACAACAUUCGGGCGGUCCACGCGUGUCCAGACGAGCCCACGCUCAGCCAGGGCGAGCUGGUUCUCACGUCAGAAGCCAUCAUGAAGCAAGGUGACUUUGUGUGCUGCCGAGACAGCUUCCUGGAGGAAAUCCAAAAAUUCGUCAAGGGCAUCUCGGAGAGGAUCAAGAAGACCAGAGACAAGUAUGGCAUCAACGACAACGGCACCAGCGAGCCAAAGGUCCUCUACCAGCUGGACCGCAUAACCCCCACGCAGCUCAAGAGGUUUCUGGAAACAUGCAGGGACAAAUACAUGAGAGCGCAGAUGGAGCCGGGCUCGGCGGUGGGGGCCCUGUGCGCCCAGAGCAUCGGAGAGCCCGGCACGCAGAUGACCCUCAAGACCUUCCACUUCGCCGGCGUGGCUUCCAUGAACAUCACUCUCGGCGUGCCUCGCAUCAAGGAGAUCAUCAACGCCUCCAAGAACAUCAGGUCAGAUGUUCAACCGCGUUGUUCGAGCGAGGUGAAAGGUUGCCACGUAGAUUUUAAGACGACGCUUCGUAUCAUGGUAUUUGGAUUUCGAUGCUCACCGCUCAGCACGCCGAUCAUCACCGCGCAUUUGGACGUGGAGGACGACGCCGACUUUGCCCGGCUGGUGAAGGGCAGGAUUGAGAAAACGCUCCUGGGCGAGAUUUCCGAAUACAUCGAGGAGGUUUUUCUACCCGAUGACUGUUUCAUCUUGGUCAAAUUGUCCCUGGAGCGAAUAAGGCUUCUGCGACUGGAGGUGAACGCCGAGACUGUGCGUUACUCCAUCUGCAUGUCGAAGCUGCGCGUGAAGCCGGGAGACGUCGCCGUGCACGGCGAGGCGGUGGUGUGCGUGUCGCCGCGGGAAAGCAGCAAAAGCUCCAUGUACUACGUCAUGCAGUCGCUGAAGGCGGAGCUGCCGAAGGUGGUGGUCCAAGGUAUACCCGAGGUCACCCGCGCCGUCAUCCACAUCGACGAGCAGAGCGGCAAGAACAAGUACAAGUUGCUGGUGGAGGGCGACAACCUGCGUGCUGUCAUGGCGACCCACGGCGUGAACGGAAGCAGGACCACUUCCAACAACACUUACGAGGUGGAGAAGACGCUGGGCAUCGAGGCGGCCAGGUCGACGAUCGUCAACGAGAUCCAGUACACCAUGACCAACCACGGGAUGAGCAUCGACCGGCGCCACGUCAUGCUCCUCGCCGACCUCAUGUCCUACAAGGGAGAGAUACUCGGAAUCACCAGGUUCGGCUUGGCCAAAAUGAAGGAGAGCGUCCUCAUGCUGGCGUCCUUCGAGAAAACGGCCGACCACCUCUUCGACGCCGCCUACUUCGGCCAGAAGGACUCGGUCUGCGGCGUGUCCGAGUGCAUCAUCAUGGGCAUUCCGAUGAACAUCGGCACAGGCCUGUUUAAACUGCUGCACAAGGCGGACCGGGACCCGGCCCUGGCCGGGAGGCCCCUGCUGUUCGACAACGCCGACUUUCACGUACCGCUCGUCACGUAACGGUGAGGACAUGAAGUUUCUGAUUUCCUUCGAGAGUCUUGGACAUGGAAGAGAGAAUUGCUUUUGUGAGUUGAUCUAUUUAUAUAAGAGUGUAUAGGGAGGAUUUCGUCUUCUCUUUUUUUUUUGUAACUUGAGGACCCCCUCAAUGCGUGGGCAAUACAAAAAUGCCUCUCAAGGUUUCUGUCUCUGUCCAGGGGAACCUCCAAAGUGGCACAAUGUGGAGUUGAACCACUCAAAAGUCAAACCCAAAUCUCAAUGGCAAUUCAGCCGAGUCCAUCCUGUGACGUCCCUGCGACCAGGACGUCUGGCUGCUCAGUCCAAUUUGAGCAAUGCAAUUCAAUUAAGGCCUUAUGAAGUCCAUCAAUACUCUCUUUGACUUAUUUACAUUUAUUCUAUGGUUGUUUACUUCCAUUUAUACUUGGAUGACAGUUAAGAAUGUUCAAAUAGGAAAUCGACCAUGUUUCCUCAGGCAAAAUUUGUUUUCAGGGCUUCCACUGUGUAUUCACGUGUAAUGUAAAUGAAUAAAGCGCUGUGAGAAACACA